AUCUAAAUUUAAAAGGAGGGUAUGAUAAAUGUUGACUGGUCAAAACCUUAUUUGGAAUCAGACACUUUAAUUCGUUCAGCCCGCAUCUGAUUCUCCUCUCUCUCUCUCUCUCGUACGUGUGAUGAGUAGAGGAAUUGAUGGCUGGUGAUGACGAAUCCAUGACGUGUCUGCGAUCACAGCCGUUACAUAACCGGGGUUAGAUGAUGUAUAUAACUUGAAAUCCAAGGGCGUUGUUUAUUUAAAGAAUUAUUCUUGCUUGCUUUCUUUCUGUCCUCACACAAGCCCAGUUCUGUGUCUUCUUUGAAACCAUUUGACCGUUGGAUCAUCUCUUCUUCUCUUCCAAGGUAAUGCCGGAUUCAUUCAAUCAGAGCCAGCUGGCCGCCUCCCCUCGUCCUAUUUUCCAUCUCUGCUUCUCAUUCUGGCUAGGCGGAGGAAAGGAAGAGACAUCUUCCCGCUUUCAGCUUAAACAAGCUCAACGGAGCCUCUUCUCCGCACGUUAAUUACGGACUCGUCAACUUCUUCAUAAAAGCAUUUGGUUACUUCUUCAUUCGAGUAUUGAUUUCUUGCAUUGGCAAUACUGCAGCAUUUGAAGGAAGUAUAAUUGAUGAGAUGUAUGCAGAACUAGAGAAUCACAGGAGUUUUCUGAAAUGUCUUUAUUUCUUCUGCUCUAGCUUCGAUUUCAGUUUAAAGAAUUCUUUGGAGGGCUGAGAUGGGAUGUUCGGCUUCUAAGCUGGAUGAUGAGGAGGCAGUUCAGCUCUGCAAAGAACGAAAGAAGUUCAUUAAACAGGUGAUUGAGCACAGAAACAGAUUUGCCUCUGGCCAUGUUGCUUACAUUCAGUCAAUGAGGCGAGUCUCAUUUGCUCUUCUACAGUAUGUUUUGGCUGAUGAUCUCCACGAGUUUCUGUCUGAUUCAUACACCACUCCUCCAUUCACUCCUGUGAAGGAACUGAGCCCAGAAAUCAGAGCUCCUCUUAAGUUCUCUACACCAACAACAAAUGAGAGGGUAAAGAACAGCGUUUACACUGUAAAUUACUUAAGAUCAGGUGGAACUCAAUCAGUUGCUGUUGAAGAAUGGCUCGAGCCACAUGAAACUGUGCAGCUUGAAUCCUACUAUCCCAGGGAAACUCUUGGUAUGAAUGGUUUCUUUGUGUCACAAUCUUCACCAGUUAAUAGAGCAUCAUUCUUCUCUUCUCCUUACAAUAGAUCAAGCUAUCAAUUCUCAUCUCCUCAAACUUCUAUGUGGGAUUAUUUCUGGAAUCCUUUCUCAUCGGAUCAGUUGGGGUAUUCCUCAAGGAGCAGUUUUGAUAGGACAGUAAACGAUGACGAUAUAGCUGGGUUGAGGCAGGUUCGAGAAGCGGAAGGAAUUCCUGAACUGGAAGAAGAUAUAGAUGAUGAUCAUGACCAUGACCAUGAAGAAGAAAAUGCAGUUUUUUGGAAGGCUGAACCAAAGAAUGAGACACUAGAGGUUGAAUCUAAGCAUACAGUCCUAGUUUGUGAUGAAAGUCCGGUUUCUGCAAAUACAGAGGUUGAACAGGUUCAAGAGGUAAAGGAGUUCAAAUCUAACGGGGCACAGAGCACUGAAGCAUCAAAAGAUCAAAAUGCAGUAGAACUGGAGAUCCCAACUCGGUAUCUGGUGGCAGCAACCAGUAAUGCUGAAAAAACACCCGGUUUUACAGUAUAUGUGAACAGAAGGCCUUCUAGCUUGGCGGAGGUGAUGAAGGAUAUGGAGAAUCAGUUCAUGAGAAUCUGUGAAUGUGCACAUGAGAUAUUGGUAAUGCUGGAAGCAAAUAGAGCUCAUUAUUCUUCAGCUUCGAAUGAUCUGGCAGCUGUGAGAAUGCUGAAUCCAGUUGCUUUGUUUCGAUCAACCUCAUCAUGUUCAUCCUCUUCAAAAUUUUUUAAAGCUUCAUGUAGUUCAAAAGGGGAUGCUGAUGAGAGCAGUAGUGAUUAUUCAGAGGAGUGUUGCAUGGUCUCUGGAAGCCACAAAUCUACCUUAGACAGGCUAUAUGCAUGGGAGAAGAAGUUAUAUGAAGAAGUAAAGUCUGGUGAAUGUAUGCGGAUUGCUUAUGAGAAGAAAUGCGUUCAACUGAGGAAUCAUGAUAUCAAUGGGGACGAGCCUUCUGUAGUUGAUAAGACAAGAGUGGCCAUAAAAGAUCUUCACACCCGCUUAAAAAUUUCUAUUCAUACGGUUGAAUCAAUUUCGAAAAGGAUUGAAGUCUUGAGGGAUGGGGAAUUGUACCCUCAGCUUAUGGAGAUGAUACAAGGCUUAUGCCGUAUGUGGAAAACAAUGGCGGACUGUCAUUUGAUCCAAAAACGUACCAUUGACGAAGGCAAGCUCCUCCUCAUGUCCAACACUGCCGCCGCCACACCACCAAACCCGCCGCAUUCCGCAGUCCAUCUGGCUGCAGAACUGCGAAACUGGCGUUCUUCCUUCGCCAACUGGAUCGACGCCCAGCGCUGUUACGCUGGUGCACUCGCCGGCUGGGCCUCCCGCUGCUCUCCUCCCGGUGCCGGCGAAUCUUUGAGCAGCCGCAAUGCCCUUUCUCCUAUAUCCCCACUCUGUGAUGGCGGCGGAGGCAGCCCGACGAUAUCGGAGGUGUUGCGGUUGUGUGUGCGGUGGUCGCGGUUGGUGGAGUCGGUGAGUGAGGAGAGGGCAGUGGAUGGGAUGGAUUUCUUUGCGGCGGGGAUGGCAUCGGUGAGUGCACAGCGGCGGGAGGAGGGGGAGGGGAUGGCGGUGCUGGCGGAGGUGGUGGGGCCGAGGGUGCUGUGCGCAGGGUUGUCGGUGGCAGUUGGAUCGUUGGCGGAGUUGGCGGUUGUGUCGGCAGAGGGGUAUGAUGCGGUGGUGAGGUAAUUUGAAGGGGGUAUUUCGGCGGCGGCCUGAUUUGCCGGGAAGUGGGCGGUGGUUCCUAGUGGUGGUGAGGUUGUAAAUUAUGGGAGAUGUUGGUGAUGUUUUAGUAUUGUAUUAUGUGUGGGCGAAUUUAAUUUUUAUUUUAUACGGAGUGGAUAUUAAAAAGGAAGAGAACAUGCAUGGUUUAGGACGAUAUCUUUGUUAAGAGAGAUGGAAUUGUGAGUGGAUUUUAUUGAGUUCAGAAAUACGUUGAU